AAACUCAUCUGCAUCAAUCCAGUCUUUGAGAAUCCACAAUCCCAUAUGCAAGAACCACCAGCCCCCUCCCUCUCAACAAAAAAGAAAAGAAGAAGAUAAUUGUUGGAUGAUAUAUGUGUAUAUGAUUCUUUCAACAAGAAAAUUAAUUCAGGAGUUGAAGUUGUCUAAAGUAGUUGGUUGAUUUGAAGAUUGUAUAAUGAGAAAAGGCAAGGUGAAAGUAAAAUUGAAAAGACAACGCCGUACCAACUCCUCCUUCUCCCCACCUCCAUAUAAGUUUGGAAAAAGUAAAUAGGACAUUGAUGCAUGCAUAGGCAAACAAUCUGUAGAGGGUGUAAGAGAGAGUAAUUGUCAUGUCCGAAGAAUCUCUCCUCUUGGAAAAGAAGAGAUGAAAAUGGUAGGAUGGCAUUCAAAUAAGAGGGACGCCAUUGAAGAUGUUGUUGUGAUUGUGGGGUUGGUCGUCGUGCAAUUUCUGUAUGCUGGAAAUUCAAUUUUGCUGAGUCAUCUCUUGAAAUUGGGAUUUCGAUCAUCUUUUCUUAUUAUUUGCUCUACUUUUGCCACAUCUAUUGUGCUCUCUCCUCUCGCCCUUUUCUUUGAAAGGACACAAUGGCCUAAAAGAAUCAGUUACAAGCUGUCUGUUCAGUUGCUUUUACUCUCCUUCGGAGGGGUGACUUUGUUUCAGUCUUUGUUGAUGAAGGGAGUUAGUCUAACUUCCCCAGCAAUGGCAACAGCUAUGCCCAAUCUUGCACCAGGACUCAUAUUUUGCAUGUCCUGGGCCUUCAGGUUAGAGAAAAUAGAGUUAGCAUGCAGGUAUAGUAGAGCCAAGAUUGUGGGGACAUUACUCUGUGUUUUUGGUGCUGUUGUGUUGAGUCUAAUGCAAAGCACUGUCCGAGAUGACGAGCUCGAUGUCUCGUUUCCAUCUACGCACGUAUUCUUCGACAAGCAAACGAUGCUCGGCUGCGUUUAUCUGAUUGCAUCCGUUGUUGUUUUCUCAAGCCAAGUCGUUUUACAGGCUAUAACUUUGCGUGAUUUUCCUGCACCCAUGUCAUUGUGUGCGUUAACUUCAAUAAUAGGUGUGUUGAUUACUGUGGUAGUUCAGAGGGUCGAAGAUCAAGGAUGGGACCCUGGACCCUUAACUAUUCAAGAGAUGAUUGCCUAUUCCAUAUUGGCGGGCAGUGUGAGCGGAAUGUGCGUAAGUUUCAAUUCAUGGGCGAUGAAUAAAAGAGGGCCGGUCAUAGUCUCCAUAUUCAACCCCCUCGCCACUGUCAUUUCUGCUAUCUUCUCCAUUCUCACCUUGGGAGAAUCCUUUUCUAUAGGAAGUCUUGCAGGUAUGUGCUUGAUGUUCACAGGCCUAUACUUUGUGCUUUGGGCUAAAAGAAAGGAAGGGCUUCUCAUGAGCAACGACAACAUCAACGACCUGCAAACUAAGUAUGACAUGGAGAAGCCUCUUCUGUCUUGACGUAGUUAGAACCAGUUAGGUUGUAGGAAAAUUGGUUGUAGAACAAGAUUCAUGGAUAGAAUUGAAGUAGUUGAUGUAGAACAAAAAAAAAAGAAAAUAGGCUCAGUGUAAUUUACCUCUAUAUGAUAUUGUA